CCAGCCGAGCCAGCACGACUGACGGGACUUCAGUACGGGUAGAGCAGCAGGAGGUUGCAUCACAAUAUCAACUCCAGCUAUGGUAAGCUAAGCCCCCUUUUAUAACCACCUUAGCUUGCUGUACCCCCUUUAUCUAAAGGCGCACGGCUUCCGAAUAUCUGCAUCGUCUUGCAAGCUAAUAAUCUACUCCAGUCUCAAUCAUUGCGCCCCUACCUCCAAUGCGUCCGAUCGUCUCUCACAUCGGCUCUUUGCCUCUCGAACUUCGCGUCCCAAACCUCAGAAAGACACAAUGUGCCAGAAAUCGAGGCCCAGACUUCUCCCGAAGUUCUUUUGAACCCCCUAACCGUAGCCCGAAACGAGAAUGAGCGAGUAUUCAUCGAGCCCAGCAUCAACAGUGUCCGCAUAAGCAUCAAAAUCAAGCAGGCUGAUGAAAUCGAACACAUCCUGGUGCACAAGUUUACAAGAUUCUUGACGCAGAGAGCCGAGGCAUUCUUCAUUCUACGGAGGAAACCUGUCAAGGUAUGCGGUGUAGCGGACUAGGGGCUAUGUUGUAUACUGAUGGUAUUAGGGUUAUGAUAUCUCGUUCUUGAUUACGAACUUCCAUACCGAGGAGAUGCUGAAGCAUAAGCUGGUCGACUUUAUCAUUCAAUUCAUGGAGGAAGUGGACAAGGAAAUCUCAGAGAUGAAGCUCUUCGUAUGUUACCAAAGCUUGGGACCUGGAAUGAGGUUACUAAUGGCAAAACUAGCUUAAUGCACGCGCAAGAUUUGUGGCCGAGUCUUUCUUAACUCCUGUGAGUCGAACUCUGUAUAGCAUUUCUGUGGAUAUCAAAAAGCUAACAAAACACAGUUCGACUAAAAGCAUUUGUUUGUUUCGGAUCAAGGCGCUUGUUGAAACUCGGUGGCAGGUUGCAGGCAUUUUUGCGUUCUUAGCAGUGGCAA